AUGAAAAAGGCUGUUAUGGAAAUUGAAGAAAUUGAUCAUCUUUUAUGUUGUGCACAUACUUUACAACUAGUUAUAGGAAAAGGGCUAUUACUAGUUAAACAAUUAAUGAAAGAUUUAGUUAAAAUUUUACAACCUUUUGCUAAUGCUAUGAAGAUGCUUGGUGGAAGCAAAUAUACUACAAUGUCAUAUAUGUUUCCUGCUAUAUCUUCUUUUAAAAAAUUGCUUAAUAUUAUAUAUGAUGCUCAAAUUAAUAUAAAUCUUGAUAAUUCUAAUACAGUUUUUAAUGAUGAUCAAGAAUUUCAAGAAUAA